GUCGGUCGGUCUGUCGGUCCACCAACAGUUUCCGUUCAUUUUCUUCGCAGAGGAUAAACAUAUUGAAAUGAAAUUUGGUAUACAGGUUUAAUAUCAUGAUAAUAUCUAGGUCAAGUUCGAUAUUGGGUACGAUCGAGCCAUUUUCGACAGAGUUAUGGCUCUUGGACAUAGAAAAAUUCUAGGCUGAACAUAUUAAAAAGAAAUUUGGUAUACAGAUUUAUCAUGAUAAUAUCUAGGUCAAGUUCGAUAGUGGGUACGAUCGAGCAAUUUUCGACAGAGUUAUGGCCCGUGGACGUAGAAAAAUUCUAGUUUUUUGCAGUUUCCGUUCAUUUUCUUCGCAGAGGAUGAACAUUGAAAUGAACUUUGGUACCCAGGUUUAUCAUGAUAAUAUCUAGGUCAAUACACAGGGGCAUCGUAUCCGCUCUACACUCUAUGACAUAUAUAUAAUAAUACCCCUUGUGUAUUAUUAUAUAUAUAUAUGUCAUAGAGUGUAGCGCGGAUACGAUGCCCCUAUGUGUUAAUAUUUAGAUUACCCUUGGCCCAAACUACAAUAUUGAAGACAGCACUUGCGAGUGUGUGAAUGGGCAGGAUAAAUGUCAUCACAAGGCCAGCAUUCUUCUCUAUGGGUAUGCAAAUGAAAUUAUAUUGCCUAUCUGUAGCUCUGAUGAGAGAAUAUGUUCUGACAACCAGAAUUUUCUCUAUAGAGAUCUACAGAGCUGAUCAAUGUAUUGAAUUCAAAACACAUAGCUUUUGAUUGACUAAAAUUUAAUUAGUAUAUGCUGUAAUUUAUGAUGAAUUAUUUUAUCACCACCUGGUAUUCAAGUACAUUUAUGGAAUUUGUUGAAAAACAUAUCACUACAGAAAGUAUAUAUAAUACAUAUUUUAUCCAAUCUACAAGAGGUAUAAAAACGUGUCAAAGACAGAUGUGAGGCAGUCAUGGAUAAAAAUCCAAAGUCAGCACCACCUCGCCAAACCAAAACAAUGGAGGAACUGUUCCCUGCACCAGAUCGAUUUGUAAACUACAGCAAUGCAUUGGAUACUGGUCCCAGAGCCACCUGUGCCUAGGCUUUCUUUACCUAUUGUUGAAGACCUCAUUUCAAGCCAGGAAUUCAUCUCCUCAGAAAACCCCAUUGAUUGGAUGAAGCAAAAAUUAAUGAUAAAUGAGCAGCAAAUUCAGCAGAUUGCCAGUCUUACCAUCGGACAAAAAGAUAACUGCUUGUGGUCAUCAGUUCGCAAGAAUAGAUUGACAGCCUCCAACUUUGGUUGUGUUUUGGCAGCAAUCAAGAGAAAUAGAUAUCCAAUUUCCUUGUACAAAAGACUAUGUUCAGCGUAUGAUCUUUCUAAGAUGGAUGCCAUCAUUUGGGGGAUGUGCAAUGAAAAGAUAGCCAUUGAGAAAUACAAAACUUUUGGGGAUGCUGUUGUAGAGCCAACGGGUAUCUGGCUUCACAAAAAUGGGGUUCUUGGAUCAAGUCCAGAUGGAAUCGUAGGUCAACCUGCGCUGUUUGGAUAUUGUUAUCAAGAUCCAGCUCUUGCUGACAUGCUUCAGUUAUAUAACUGUCGACCAGAAAUAUUGGAGGUGAAAUGCCCCUUUUCGGCAAAGGAGAUGACUAUUCCUGAAGCUAUCGAAAAAUUGAAUGAUUUCAGCUUAGAGUUUCAAGAAUUCCAUGGAGUGAAAUCAUACAAGUUAAAAGAAAACCACCAAUAUCAUGAUAAGGUCCAAGGACAGCUGCACAUUAUUGGAAAGUCUGCGUGUGACUUUAUGAUUUGGACACCAAAGGACUGUGCGAUUGUUAGAAUCACAAAACAACUCAGUUGGGAGGAUAAUAUUUCUGUUUUGACAGAUUUUUACUUUGAUAAAUGUGUUCCCCAUCUGCAACAGCUAUAA